GAACCAACCAGUAGCCCUAUUCUUAUUUUAAUCAUUGUUGUGGCGUUAAGAAUUAGAGUUCUUUUAAAAGAUGUACCUAAGCAAUAAACUUAACGAUUUUGUAGUGACAUCUACAAAAUAAAAGGUUCAUCAGGCACAUUUGUUAAAUGUCUUUAUUCACUGUCUAGUAAGUUAAUUUCGAUAAAUUAAAAUGCCAUUUCAGUUCAACAAUCAGUCUAUUGGGGGAAAUGGCGUACUACCACCCUCUGGACCCCCAGGGUUCGUUAGCAGCGGUGAUCCGAACGAUUUCCCAUUGUUCACUACCGCUGGAAUGAACGAUACACCACUCGAAUUCUCAAUCAACAGAAACAAGUCGUCGUCUGCCCGAUCCUUGGUUGAUGACAAGGAUGAUUCCAGUCAAAGUCCCACUGACAAACGGGAACGUCGACGGUCUGAUCAUCGUAGAGACAGAGAUCGUAGAGAUACCGAGAAAUCCAGAGACGACUCUGAUUCAAAUAUGUCCAAUUCACAAGAUGUCAUUCAGAUACAAAACAAUUCAGGAACAAUUGGGCCCAACAUGUGGGGUGGAAUGAUGGGAAUGAGUUACCAAAUGGUGGGCAUGAACAUGAUAGUCGAUCCAAACAUGAUGUCAAUGAACAACUAUGGUAUGAUGCCCCCAUUGAUGGCCCCCGAUCCAAACAUGCUCGCCCCUGAUCCGGCAGCUAUGAUCAUGAACCCCGUCAAAGAAAUAAUCCACUGCAAGUCAUGCACUUUGUUUCCGCCGAACCCUAACGCUCCGCCGCCGACAACGCGCGAACGCCCUCCGGGCUGUCGCACCAUAUUUGUGGGCGGUCUACCGGAGAACAUGACUGAAGAGAUCAUCACCGAAGUGUUCGAACGUUGCGGUGAAAUAACCACGUUGCGACUAAGCAAAAAAAACUUCUGUCACAUACGGUUCGUCUACGAGACAUCCGUGGAUGCAGCCAUUUUUUUGUCCGGCUAUCGAAUCCGCAUUGGAUCGAACUCGGACGCGCCCAACACCGGAAGACUGCACGUCGAUUAUGCACAGGCAAGAGAUGACCAGUACGAAUGGGAGUGCAGACAGAGGCAGUUGCAGAGGGAGCAGAGACAUAGGGAACGGAUGGAGGAGGAACGACUACGGCCGCCGUCGCCACCGCCCGUCGUUCACUAUACGGAUCACGAAUGCGCCGCGGUUUCGGAGAAGAUCAAGCAGGACGAUUCGUUCACCAAGGCUGUCCAGAUCGUAAUAACAUGGUUGGAAAGAGGCGACUGCAAUAAAAGAAACGCCAACAAUUUCUAUUCGAUGAUCCAGUCCACGAAUUCACACGUACGUCGCUUGCUCACCGAAAAAACCACCUAUGAGGAUGAGUUAAAAAAAGCGAGGGAAAUUAUGAAAGGGCGAAUGCAGGGCAUUUUGCUACAGUUCAGUCAAAUUGAGCGGUUGUUCACGGCUGCCUGCCACAAGAAAGUCUGGGACCAUUUCACCAAAGCUCAGAGAAAGAAUAUCGAGGCUUGGAAAAAGCAGUCGAUGGAGAUAAAAAAUGUUCAGAUCGACGACAUUCCCAACGAGAGGGCGGACGACGAGAUGGACGUUUCCGACGAAGACGAACCUUCCAAAAAGAAGCACAGAUUUGAGGCUGCUGUCGAAGAAAAGUACACACUCAAGGAAGAGAACGACAACCUCAGGUGUCAAAUGGAGGCCUACAAAAACGAAGUGGAAGUGUUGAAGAGCGACUACAAAAAAGACAUGGAAGACAAAGAUAAACAGUUGAAAAUGCUCCAACAAACUCUACAGGGAAUGCAACAGCAAUUGAUCGAGGCAAAAAAGAGGCAUAGCGAAGAAGAAUCUCGAGUGAGGGACCUGCAGGCGAAACUAACCAAAUCCGAGACGAAAAUCAAGCCGAUCGUAGACAAAGAAAUUAUCACUUUGGACGACAGCGAAAACGAACAAGUCGACACGCCGAGUGUGACGACGGAAAGUUCUACGACUGAAUCGGUUGCGGCUUUACACGACAACGAUGCCAAAUUAGUGGGAAUCAUUUCCGCGUUCUUGAACGUUCAUCCGUUCGGUGCCGGUUUAGAUUAUAUUUGGUCAUACGUGAGUAAAAUCGAAUCGAAUUUGAGACCGUCUCAGAUCGAAUCUCUGAUGAGCCGUUUUCCGACUGUGUUUAAACAGGAAUUAGUGGGAAUCGGGGCAAACAUCGAACGAAGAUGGAUCUUUAUUGCGUUCAAUUCGAAUACAAAUUGUAUUUAGGAAAAUGAAUUUCGUAAUUUUUUUAAGGACGUCUUUUAUUCAUCUGACAGUUUUUGUUGAUAGACUAGCAGCGAAUAUUAUUUAUUGUGAUUGUGAUUGAUCUUUACUUUUUUUUGAGAAAUUGUUAUAUAUUUUAGACGAAUAAUAAACAUGUUAAAACUUA